CAGUCACACAGUGUACGGCGAUCGGAUAAGAUGCCAAAUUCAAUAUUUCAACUAGUGGUUUGUACACUCUUUGUAAUGGAAACGAAACCAUCGCUUCCCAUUUGGGAUGUCGUGACCAACUGUAGGAUUCCAAAUGAGUUCUGGCCAGGAGAGUACAAAUAUCCUACUGACUGCCCAGCGUUCCAGGGGAUCAACCAUGUGAACAGCAUUGGAAACACAAGCCGAUUGAGUUUUAUUCGGCAACUUCAGAGCACCAGGAUAGCAGACGGGAAAAUUUGUUGCCCCCGAAGCGGAUCGUAUGCUAAUCCAUGGAUAAACAUGGUAAAUAUAACAAGGAAAGUGCGAAGGAAACGAAUUUCGGUUAGAAAAAGAAGUGGAAUACCAGAAGAAGUUCCAUGUGGCGCGCCAGAUUUUGAUACGCUGGUUAAUAAUGGGGAAAUCGCUAGUAUAUAUGACUUUCCGUGGAUGGCUUUAUUGAUCUACGAGAAAGCAAUGGAUCCAGUAAUUCCCGGCUGCGGAGGAGCUUUGAUUAGUAAAAUGUUCGUCGUAACGGCAGCGCACUGUCUGAAGGGCCCUAUUAUUCAUCGGAAAGGAAAAUUAAGUACCGUUCGUGUUGGUGAAUAUGAUUUGCUGAACAAUCCAGACUGCAUUAUUGAAGGUCAAUAUCUAGAGUGUACUGAUGGAAUAGUCGAUAUGAAGCCAAAAAGCAUCACCGUUCACCCGGGCUACAUUGAAAACAGCAUAAGCCAACAUCAUGAUAUCGGUCUAAUUGAGUUGGCCCAACCAGUCGAGUACACGACUUUCGUUCGCCACAUUUGCUUGCCAGAGAAGGGCACUGGAAAAACCGCGAAGAAAUUCAACGUUUGUGGUUGGGGACGAACGAAUUUCUUCAGCAGUGAGAAUGGAAACAGCGUCCCAAGUCCUAUAAAAUUGAAAACAUCACUAUCUUACUUCGACCACGUGAAGUGUUCACAAAUUUAUCAACCGCAGAGACUCAAACUCAUCGACGGCCAGAUAUGUGCAGGAGGACGUAAUGCCAAAGAUACUUGUUCCGGAGAUAGUGGAUCUCCAUUAAUGCAUUUCGACGUGAAGAGGGAAGCUUGGAUUUUGUCCGGAUUAGUAAGUUUGGGGCCACAACACUGUGGAGCUGUUGGAAUGCCAGGAAUCUACACCAAUGUCGUUGAAUAUGUACCGUGGAUAAAAACAAUUGCUCACCUGUAG